AUGUCCUCGCGGGCGCUUCCAUCCGCGGAGUCAGCAACGUUCCUUGAGUCCUCAUACUUCUCCCGCAAUGGCGCAGAGGCUGCGUUGCCGUCACCCGCCAAUGUACGUGAGCAAAGUGUGCUACAAGGGCCCGCAUCACAGGCCAAAAGAGACUAUGGUUUCAAGCCGGUUCGCUACGAGCAUCUGGGCUUAAUUGUCAAGUACGGACGUGCUCCAGAGGUGACCGUUGCCGAGGGCCAGUUACUCUGGGCGUUGCGCCGGACCUUGCCCACGGUGCCUGUCCCUGAAGUGUACGGAUGGACUCAUGAUAACGGUCAAGUCUUCAUAUAUAUGGAGCUGAUAAAGGGUGUUACGCUUGAACAGCGGUGGGGGUUUCUAGGCCCGGCUGAGCGAGUAGCGAUAUGUGAGCAGCUUCGGGAGAUUAUUCUUGACUACCGCAGGCUACAGCAUGCACCGGGUGAUUUCUUCCUAGGACACGUUAACCGUGAGCCCCUUGGUGAUAUUAUUUUCACCAGUGGUAAUCUUCCUCCCGCUGGACCAUUCUACUCCGUCACUGAGCUUCACGACUGGAUAUCAACAGUACUCAAGAUGAAAGUUCAGCCUUAUCACUGGCAAGGCAAAGAACUGUCUGAAAUCCCAGACCCUUAUCGAAGCAGGCUGCCAGACGAUGCAAAGGUUGUCUUUACGCACGGCGACCUCCAUCCAAGCAAUAUUAUGGUCUCGGAAGUAACAAAUAAAAUAAUCGCGGUUAUUGACUGGCGGCAAUCAGGCUGGUAUCCUGAUUACUGGGAGUAUUGCAAAGCGGACUACACGGCCGAAAUCAAUGGCGAAUGGGCGACCACCUAUAUUCCUAUCUUUCUUAAAGAACCCGAAUGUCUCGACGCCUGGGACUUUUAUCCGAGGUCCUUUGGAUACUGA